UUGAAUUUUGGCCUGGCUCGUUGGAACACGAAGGCUUUUGUACAGGUGAUCGACUUCGACGAAAGCCCUUGCAGUUAAGUUCAGCUCGAUCGCUGCUGGUGGAGCUCUCUGCCUCGAUCAAAGCCGACUGCGUGCUGAAAGAGAUCUCGUCUGUCCGCUCUCUGAAACGGACGAAGUUUUUUAUUGUUGAGAUGAGAAUGGCAUAUCAUCAACGUCUUCUCGCAUUGCGCUGGAGGGGAAUCGACAGGGCCUUAUCAGCAGCAUCAGUGACGCCGGCAGCAACACCUGCAGCAACUUCGAACGCCGGGUGUCGAGGUAUCAACAGCAAAGCUACAGCGGUAGGCUUUGCUCCCCCGCUACGCCCCGCGCACCCUCGUAGGGUGGGGAUGCAGCUGGGGGCAGGGUCUGCGAUGACUACCACUGCCCCCACCUGUUGCGGGAAUGUGCGGCGGCUGACCACAUCAUCGAGGGAUUUCCAAGAGGAGGAGGAGAUGAUCCGAGAUACAGUCUCCAAGUUCGCAGCGGACGUGAUCGGGCCGCGAGUCCGGGAUAUGGACACGGAGAGCACCAUGGACCCAACUGUAGUUUCGGGGUUGUUCGAGCACGGUCUGAUGGGCAUCGAGGCUCCGGAAGAGUUCGGGGGCAGCGGCCUCAACUUUAUGUCGGCGUGCAUCGUUGUGGAGGAGGUCGCCAAGGUCGAUCCGGCUGUCGCGGUCCUUGUGGACAUCCAGAACACCCUCAUCAGCAAUAUGCUUAGGUUCUGGGGCAGCAGAGAGCUGCAGGAGAAGUACUUCCCCAAACUCUGCUCCGGCUCCGUUUCGAGCUUCUGCCUGUCCGAGGUCGGGUCGGGAAGCGACGCCUUCAGCCUCGCCACGAAAGCCACGCUCUCUCCGGACGGAUCCUACUACACCAUUGAGGGAGAAAAGCUAUGGAUCUCUAACGCAGAGCAGGCGGAGCUGUUCUUCGUGUUCGCCAACGUCGACCCUUCGAAGGGGUACAAAGGCAUCACUUGCUUCAUCGUAGAAAAAGGGUUCGGAGGCGUUACCGUAGGGCCGAAGGAGGACAAGCUCGGGAUUCGUGCUUCGUCCACGUGCCCCGUGACCUUCAGCGGCUGCGAGGUGCCCGCGACGAACGUCCUCGGCGAAGUGGGGCAAGGCUACAGGUACGCGAUCGAGAUCUUGAACGAGGGCCGCAUAGGCAUCGGCGCACAGAUGGCCGGCCUCGCCGACGGCUGCCUGUCGGCCACGGUGCCGUACCUCUUCGAGCGCAAGCAGUUCGGCGGCUUCGUCGGGGACUUCCAGGGCAUGCAGCACCAGGUCGCGCAAGCGGCCACGGAGGUCGAGGCUGCCUCGGCCUUGUAUCGGUCAGCGGCACGGAUGAAGGAAGCGGGUCAGCCCUUCGUCAAGGAAGCAGCCAUGUCGAAGCUCUACACUUCGCAGGUGGCUGAGAGGACUGCUUCCAAGUGCGUCGAAUGGCUGGGCGGUGUGGGGUUCACCAAGGCGUUCCUGGCUGAAAAGUUCUACCGAGACUGCAAAAUCGGAGCGAUCUAUGAGGGCACCUCCAACAUCCAGCUGUCGACUAUCGCAAAAAUCCUUCGGAAGGACUACGCACGGUGA